AUGUGGUACUUCUUUUUAUUGGCCUUUCUUCUGAAAGCCUCUGAUGCAACCUUCUCAUGUCCCAAUGGAACUCUCCAACUCGGAAAUGAGCAUCGAUGUAUAUUCAUUGAGACUUCAGCUUUAAUUCAACAAGAUGUGUCCACGUUUGUUCACGGUGCUCCACCCGAGAAGCGAUGUCAGUACUCGAAUGCUUGGAUUGGUUUGUACGCUGAUGGACAAGUGGGCAAUGGGCCGUGGUCUGAUGGAACGCCUGUCAACUACACAAAUAGCCAAUCGACCGCAUCAGCGUCUUCACCGUGGAUGACACUGAACAAAGAAUGUGAGACUCAACCACAUGCAUGGAAAUACUAUGGCUUGGAAGCGCAUAGUGCUCGCUUUGUCUGCAAGCAAGCUUCGAAGUCAAGACUGAUCAGAGAAAAGUUAAUUGGAACUUUUAUGAGAAAAUCAUUGUAUUUAAAAGGGAAU